AUGGCGUACUCGAAGAAUGCUCCAGCUGGCUCUGGGGUCACUGAGGAUGAAGAGACCACCGCAGCAUCCGGUCCUGAUGAGACAGUAAGAGUUGGAGUGAUGGAGCGUCUCAUCCGCGGCACUGGAGCAUUUCCAGGACGCUGCUCGCGUGCACGAUCAUCCCGGGACAAAGAGAGACGCGGCUCCGCCGAGACACAGCAGGUUCGAGUUGCGUCGUCUUUAAUCACAGAUUUAGUGUCCACUUUCACGGACUGGGUGUUUGUGAAGAUGAUGAAGGUGUUGGUGUGCGUGAUGGCGCUGUGGGGCGCCGCGGGCGGAGCGCGGAGCUGCGGGGAGUCUCGGCGGGUGUACGGGGAGAAGCACGAGCUGGACACCGCUCCACACACACACAUCAGCGGUGAGCACCUGCGUCUGUGUCCUCGUGAUUACACCUGCUGCUCCAGUCUGAUGGAGGACACGCUCGCGCGCCAGAGUGAAGCUGACUUCCUGUCUGCAGUCCAGGACACCAGCCAGUUCCUGCUCACCACCUUCACCCAGAGACACCGCAAAUUUGAUGAGUUUUUCCGGGAGCUGAUGGAUGUGGCAGAGAAAUCCAUGAAUCAGAUGUUCACGCAGACGUACGGUCAUCUGUACACGCAGAACGCUCCCAUCUUCCAACAGCUGUUCUCAGACCUGCGGCGCUACUACACCGGGGGCAGAGUGAGUCUGGCCGAGGUGCUCUCUGAUUUCUGGGCAGGACUAGUUGAGCGCGUGUUCGCUCUGGUUAACCCUCAGUAUCAGUUCAGCGAGGACUAUCUGGAGUGUGUCAGCAAACACGCCGAGCAGCUGCGGCCAUUUGGAGACGUUCCACAUAAACUGCACAUUCAGGUGUCACGAGCGUUAACAGCGGCGCGGACGUUGGUUCAGAGUUUGGCUGCUGGAAGAGACAUAGUGAACAAGGCCACAAAGCUGACGGUGGGAUCCGAGUGUGUUCGGGCGUUAAUGCGGCAGUGGUUUUGUCCACUGUGUCGUGGACUUCCUUCCCUCAAGCCCUGUCAUUCGCUGUGCCUGAACGUCAUGAAGGGCUGCCUGGCCAAUCAGGCCGACUUAGACUCUGAAUGGAACAACUUCAUCGAUGUGCUGAUGGCGGUGGUGGAGAAACUCGGCGGGCCGUUUCAUUUCGAGUUGGCCACAGACUCCAUUGCAGUGAAGGUGUCUGAAGGCAUCAUGUACAUGCAGGAGAACAGCAUUACCAUCUCUGCAAAGGUCUUUCAGGGCUGUGGGAUCCCUCGGCCAACUCCAGCCAGAAACAAACGCUCGUCCAGAGAGAGAGAUGGCAAGAGAGCCUUCAGGACCUACAGCGCUGAGGAGAAACCCACCACUGCAUCGGGAACAAACCUGGACCGACUGGUGGAGGAGCUGCAGGAGCGUCUCCGGCCCAUGAGAGGAUUCUGGGUAGCGCUGCCUCACACCAUCUGUAAUGAUGAACGCAAGGCAGCUGAUGUGACCAAUGAGGAUCGCUGCUGGAACGGGCAGACACCCGGCAGAUACCUGCCGUCUGUUACCGCUGAUGGUUUGGUGAAUCAGAUUAAUAAUCCAGAGAUGGAGGUGGACAUUGCCCGGCCAGACGUCAAAACACGGCAGUUAAUCAUGGAGCUGCGAGUGGCUGUAAACAGACUGAAACACGCUCAGAACGGACGAGACGCGGAUCUCAUCGACAGUGAUGUGGAGGCUGGCAGUGGAUCUGGAGUCGGAGUUGAAGCGGGCGAACGGUUCAGUGAUGAUUGGCCAGCUUACGGCUCGUUCUCUCCACCUCGCAACACUCUCCCAGUUGAUAAGUCGCCCCGCCCCCGGGACACGCCCAUCAAUAAAAGGAACAGGCUGAAUGGACGAGCCCGAUCGGGUGCUGGAAGACUCUCCCCUCCUCUGCUGCCGUUUCUUCUCCUCCUCACUGUCUGUUUUUCACUCUCUCCGUCUCAUGGACUUUAAUGUAGAUCAAACUCUCACCUGCCUGAAUGAGCACAGACACCAGCAGCAGAUCCGCACCGCCGCACGUGAACGUCCCGUAGAACGUUUCCUUUUUACAUUUGUCCAUUUUUACAAAGCAAUACUGUGCAUUCUGUAGUUCUCUCUGAUUGGUUUGCGGACUGUGGUCAGCUGAUCUCGUACAAUCGAACCAUUCGGACUGAUUCGACACCGUUCCUGUAAUCAUGAGGAGCAUUAGUUCGAUCUGUUGACUGAUUUUUACUUCUUCCUAUUAUGAUGUUUGUAUUAUAUUGAAUGUGCAGUACUUUUUGUAAAAAU